CUGUCAUUCCUCCACCUUCCGGGACACUCAGGUCUCAGCUGCUCAACUUGCCUCAACCGCACCGCCAAGAGAACACCGCCCAGUCCGCCCCAGACCGCGCACCAGUCAGCCACCAGUCAGCCCAGCAGCUCUCAGCAAUGGACAAGUCCUACUCCUCCUCCGCCCAGUCCGCCUCCUCCUACCGUCGCACCUUCGGCUCCGGCGUGGGCUCCACGCCCAUGUCCUCCAUGUACUCCUCCUCCGGGGGCGCGGGCCGCAGCUCCCACAUGUCCUCCUCCCGGGUGUACGAAGUCAAGUCCGGCCACAUGCCCUCCUACGCCUCCAGCCUCCGGUCCUCCGGCCGGGCCGCGGGCGGCGGCGGCGCCUACGGGUCCUCCUCGGCCGUGCGCACCUACUCCGGGGAGAAGCUCGACUUCAACCUGGCGGACGCCAUGAACCAGGACUUCCUGAACACGCGCACCAACGAGAAGGCAGAGCUGCAGCACCUCAACGAUCGCUUCGCCAGUUACAUCGAGAAGGUGCGCUUCCUGGAGCAGCAGAACGCGGCGCUGAGCGUGGAGGUGGAGCGCCUGAAGGGCCGCGAGGGCACCGGCCGCGUGGCCGAGAUGUUCGAGGAGGAGAUGAGGGAGCUCCGUCGGCAGGUGGAGGCCGUCACCAGCCAGCGCUCCCGCGUGGAGGUGGAGAGGGACAACCUCGCCGACGACCUCCAGAAGCUCAGGCUGAGGCUCCAAGAGGAGGUGCACCAGAAGGAGGAGGCUGAGAACAACCUGUCUGCCUUCAGAGGGGAUGUGGACAACGCCACCCUGGCCAGGCUGGACCUGGAGAGACGCAUUGAGAGUCUGCAGGAGGAGAUCGGCUUCCUUAAGAAGAUCCAUGAGGAGGAGAUCCGCGAGCUGCAGAACCAGAUGCAGGAGACCCAGGUCCAGGUCCAGAUGGACAUGUCCAAGCCUGACCUCACCUCCGCCCUCAGGGACAUCCGCGUGCAGUACGAGGGCAUCGCUGCCAAGAACAUCUCCGAGGCUGAGGACUGGUACAAGUCCAAGGUGACCGACCUGAACCAGGCGGUGAACAAGAACAACGACUCCCUGCGCCAGGCCAAGCAGGAGAGCAUGGAGUACAGACACCAGAUCCAGUCCUACACCUGCGAGAUCGACUCCCUCAAGGGAACAAACGAGUCCCUGAUGCGCCAGAUGAGGGACAUGGAGGACCGCAUGGGCCGCGAGGCCUCAGGCUUCCAGGACAACAUCACCCGUCUGGAGGAGGACAUCGCCAAGAUGAAGGAUGAGAUGGCCCGUCAUCUGAGGGAGUACCAGGACCUGCUCAACGUCAAGAUGAUGCUGGACAUUGAGAUCGCUACAUACCGCAAGCUGCUGGAGGGAGAGGAGAGCAGAAUCACCACCAACAUGCCAGUGCAGUCUGCCUAUUCCUCUGUUGGAUUCAGAGAGACCAGUCCUGAGUCGCAGGCGGCCCACCAGCGAUCCUCCGAGGUCCACUCCAAGAAGACCGUCCUCAUCAAGACCAUCGAGACCCGUGAUGGAGAGGUGGUCAGCGAGUCCACACAGCACCAGCAGGACAUCAUGUAAACCAAGGAACCACAACAUUCUAUCAAAUAAAGUAUACUGAAGAAGAUAACAA